CUUUCCCUUGCUCCCCCAACCGUCGCUAUAAAUCCCGUCCCUGUCUCCAUUCCGCUUGAUAUCCACGGAGAUUGAUCCUCACGAAUCACGAUUGACAGAAUCAGUUCUCAGUAGCGCAGCUCUCAUCCUACGUACUCUUCCCCCGGCUCAGCACAGCGACCCACGCAACCGGACGGCAGCAGCGAUGGCCAAGGCGGCGCACGAGCACGACGGCCCACGCCGCCGCCCGAUGCUGGGCGGCAUCCAGGACGCGCCGGCGGGGCGGGAGAACGACCUCGAGACCAUCGAGCUGGCCCGAUUCGCCAUCGCCGAGCACAACAACAAGGCCAACGCGGUGCUGGAGUUCGAGAGGCUGGUGAAGGUGAGGCUGCAGGUGGUGGCCGGGUGCAUGCACUACUUCACCAUCGAGGUCAACGAGGGCGGCGUCAAGAAGCUGUACGAGGCCAAGGUCUGGGAGAAGGCGUGGGAGAACUUCAAGCAGCUCCAGGAAUUCAAGCCGGCAGCCUAAGAUGCUCUGCAUAUACUAUGUGAUAUGGCGACUUAGCCUUGUGGUUGGAGCCUAUCCUACAUGUCAGUCUCACUGGCUAUAGGUGUUUCAUGAUGAAUAAACUUGUGGGUAUGGUUCCCAUAAUGGAACACGCUCAUUGAGUUGAUGAAAUCCAAGUGUUUUGAUCA